UGAUGGAGAUAUCAACAUGGACUAUGCAACCUUUAGCACACUCAAUCCAGUGGAAGUAGAAAAACUCUCUGCUAGUGAUAUCAGGAAACUACUUGGAAAAAAUCUAAAUGAACUUAAAACAAAUGAGAAAGCUUCAAUAGUGCAGCGAUGGAUUUAUGCACACACAUCUGAAGAGGUGGAAAGUCUUGGAAUUGGUCUACAGGGAGGUCUAUCACUAGCUGGAAUUGGAAAUAUAGUUUUUCCUGAAGAUCCUGAUUUCAAUGCUGCUUCAAGCAACAGCUACAGCAUCCUGCUCUCCUUUUGCAUAAUUGUGAUGAGCAUUACAAUGCAGUCCAUUUUAUAAACUGGGAUUCAAC